AUGGGCCUACGAGCCACUCACAACCAUCAAUUAUCCGAUUAUCGAUUCGGGACAGCCGGGCUCAUCAUCUUUACCAUUUAUUGGCGGGAAUUGCUGGUGAACAUCUUACCCACUAGUUCGGUGGGAGUUGUAGUGGUCAUUGAAUCCACUUGCGGUGAUCUCUUCACGUACCAACUCGAUGGUGCAGUGCCAACAUAUCUUGGGCCACACGAUUUACACGACACUGCCUACGAUUUCCUCGAACAAAAGGCUCAACUCAUUGAUAUCAUGGAAACGGCCAAAAAGGAUGGCGGCACGUCCUACACGGGCUUGCCUCUGAAUGAGGAAUUCUGCGUGCAGUCCGUACGAAUCUACCCGUCCAGACUAAAGGACGAAGAGCAAUACGUAUCCAAUGAUCCCAUGAUCUUUGCAGUCUCGACGGCCAUGAUUUUUGUAUUCACUUCGCUUGUCUUUACCACAUACGACCUUUUGGUGGCCAGGAGGCAACGUUUAGUGAACAAUAUGGCAGUAGCGUCGACUUCCAUUGUUUCGAGUCUCUUUCCAGAGGAAGUGGCGCAAAAGCUGUACAAGGAACGCCAGCAGCAAGAGCAGCAAGAAAUCAAUCUCCGAAGCUUCCUAGUCACGUCCAAACCAAAUCAACCCGUUGCAAGCUCCAAACCUAUUGCUGAUCUGUACGAGGCCACAACAGUUCUGUUUGCAGACUUAGCUGGUUCACCAAAUGGAGUCUUUCAAAUGCUAGAGACACUGUAUGGCGCCUUUGAUGAAAUUGCCAAGCGACGUCGAGUGUAA